CAACUUAUGCAUAUUCAUUAAAUCUUCACGUGUUUGGGUACCAGUAAUUGACCAAUAACGAUACCCCUCUACGAAACAUUGAUCAGCCCGCGCACUGUGGUUGUUCAACAUUCGACUUUAUCGAAUAAGAUUGUUAUUGAAAGGGAUUCAACUCAAAAUAACUGUUCAGGAUGGAUAUGGCAAAGAGGAUCGAGUUGGAAAAGAGGGGACGGAAAUCUACUGAGAUCAAAGAAUUGAAUUUAGACAACUGUCGUGCAUCACAAGUUGAGGGUCUUACAGAUGAAUUUGCAGCAUUAGAAUCGUUAAGUUUAAUAAAUGUUGGAUUAACGUCACUGAAAGGUUUCCCUAACCUUCCUAACCUCAAAAAGUUGGAAUUGAGUGAUAACAGAAUUUCAUCGGGACUUAAUAAUCUGUCUGGUUGUCCAAAUCUAACACAUUUAAGUUUGAGUGGUAACAAAAUUAAAGACUUAGGAACAUUAGAACCUUUAAAAAGUUUUGCCAAUUUAAAAAGUUUAGAUUUAUUUAACUGUGAAGUAACAAAUGAAGAGGAAUACAAAGACAAAGUUUUUGAAUUAUUAUCACAGCUGAAAUAUUUAGACGGUUACGACCAGAAUGACGAGGAGGCAGAGGAUGAGGAUGAUGAUGAUGGAGAAGUUGAUGGUGAUGAUGAUGAUGAAGAUGGAGAGGUAGAAGGAGAAGAUGAUGAUGAUGACAAUGAUGAUGAUGACGAUGACGAUGAUGAUGAAGACGGAGAUGAGGAUGAUUUAGAUGAAGACGAUGACGACGAGGUUGGUCUCAGCUACUUGGAGAAAGAAAAUCUCGACGAUGAUUCAGAGGGAGAAGAUUUUGAUCCUGAGGCAGAUGAUGAUGAUGAUGUUGAAGAAAUUAAUGAUGAAGACUCAUCGCCUGUCCGAGGAACCAAGCGGAAAUUGGAAGAGGGAGAGGACGCUGGAGAAGAAGAUGAUGACUGAAUUGUUUGUUGUUUUCUUGUUGACAAUUUUUAACAAAAAGGAAAGGGACGUAACUCGUUAUGAGAAUCUGACUGGUUCCAGAUAAACCAUUGGAACGAUUACUGUUGAGUGCUAUUAUCAGAACUUGUUACCAGUUGACAGUUAUUUUAUUUGAAAGUCUAGAAUUUAGAAGAAAACCAUUUAUUUUAUAAUUUAUUUAUGUACAAUUGGUCAAAUUUAAGUCUGAGAAAUUUAGUUUUAAUUCGUGCAUCAUAUCACAUCAUUAUGUAAGUUUCUUAUCAUCAACAAUUAUGUUUAACACUUAAAUCUGACCAGUUGUAAGUUAUUACCAUGGUAACAAUUAUUCUGAUUUUAGUGUUGAUGAAAUAAGCAUGAUUAUUACAUUGUAUAAAGUCUCCACUAUCAUUACUCAGAGGAUAGUACUGUUUCAUUCCAUAGUUCAUUAGUACAAACACUCGGUACAUUGUAGAAAGUCUCCACUAUCAUUACUCAGAGGAUAUUACUGUUUCAUUCCAUAGUUCAUUAGUACAAACACUCGGUACAUAAUAGAAAAACAGUUUGUUAUUGAAUUAAACAAGGUCUGCAGUAGGGGAGGGUAUCUUAAGGAUUUAUCUAGUUUUAUUUGGGACGGUUUCUUGAAGAUUUAACUAGUUUUAUAUUGGAUGGUUUCUUGAGGAUUUAACAUGUUAUUAAUGAAGGGGAUGGGGUGUGAGCAUUCUUUAGUAAGGGUUUUAAAUAAUUAUUUAAAUAGUGGUUUUUUUUUAAAGUAACUGUAUUUUAUCUAGUUAUAAAAGUAAAGCCACAUCAAGAUACAGAAGAAUUACUUUACCUUAUUUUUAGCAGGUGCCUGUUGUUCAUAAUAUUGUACAACUAAUCACUUCCACAGCAUUACAAAUAUAGGAAAGGAUUUAAUGAUAAAUUAGCUGUUAAUAAUUUAAAUUGUUAUUAAAUGUAUCUGUCAUUUCUAAUAUCUCUAUUCUGUGGUCACUUUCAUUUACCUCCUGUUUUUGAGGAUCGUUGAAGGGAAUAUCCAUGGAACUGUCUACCUCGGAAAUAAGAAUAAACUUUUAUAUUCAUACAAAAAAUAGAAGUACUUAAAAAAAAUCUUUCUUUUCAGUUAUUUUUUUUUGAAAAAGGGAACACAAUUUAAAAAUAGAUCAUCUCUUUUUUCCACAUGGUUUAGAAUAAUGUGUUGAGGUCUCCUUGUGAGAUUGGUAAUGCUGUGUCUAUGAUUAAAUGUAUGGUAGUAUUUACUGUAUAUUCUGUACAUUAUACCAUUGUCUAUAGAUCAUCUGGUUCAUAUUCAAUUACUUGUAAAUAAAACAAUCUAAAGAUA